AUAGAUAAUAACACCCAGACCCAAGAACAAAUAAUUGAGUUCAUCACACAAGAUUUUGAGGAACAAGUGGAGAAAAUCAUUAAAUGGCAAUAUUAUCAACAAGUUUACGAAGCGGAUCAAAGUUACGGCGAAUUGAAACUCCUUCAAAAAUUGACAGACGAGCAUGCAAAAUAUAUAAAAGUUGUGUUAGAAAGAAUUCACCUCAUCAUCAAUUAUGGACAGAAGCCUUGCAAAUUCUUAAAUCUAUAAAAUUUCUAAAAAGUAAAAAAGAUAAUAAAGAUCAAAUCUACUAUAUUGAUUGUACAGUACCAUCAAUAAGUAAUUUUAUCCGUACCAUUGAAGGUAUACAAUAUUUGUGGAAAAUACUAUCCGAAAAAUAUGCAUUUGAUGCCAUGCUUACACGGAAUUUUAAUCAGGACCCAUUAGAAAACUUCUUUGGGAACAUAAGAAGUUAUGGUGUACGCAAUACGGCACCCAAUACUAUUCACUUUGAGGGUGCCUAUAAAUCAUUACUUUUAAAUAAUUUUAACACACCUCACUCGGUCAAUAGUAAUUGCGAAAAUGAUGACAAUAAUGUGUUGCAUUCAUUAGACUUCUUUUUAAAAGAACAAUCUAAUGUUCCCAAUGAUGAGGCACUACUUUUUCAGUCUGCGAGUAAUGAGGGUGAAGAAAUUGUAGUGCCUCAAAUAAAUAUUGACUGUGAUCCAAAAGAUGUGGGACAGGCAAAUUAUGUAUGUGGAUGGGUCCUCAGUAAAUGUUUGAAAAAUAUAAGCAAAGAUUGUAAGAUCUGUAAAAAAGACAUGGUCGGUGAUAAAAAUACAGCUUCAAAUGCAUACAUUAGAUGUAAGGAAUACAAAAUAAGUAGCCACUGUCUUGUGUAUCCUUCAAAAGGUAUGGAAAAAGGUUUCAUUCAAUUGCAAGAAAUAGUAACGGGUAUUCUCAAAGAAAAUGUUCCAAAAAGCAAAAUAAAGGAUAAAAUUUACAUGCUUGCUGAUAUAUUGGUAGAAUACCCGUUUACUUGUAAUUAUCAUCAAGAUCAAUUAAAAAAAUAUUUUAAUAACACAGUAGCUAAUGUUUUAAUAUAUAGUUGGUGCCGUACAAUCAAUAGGAUAUUAUCAGGCAAAAUCAAAUAUGAUGGUGAGGAUGAAAUCAAACUGGCAGCACAAGCAUAUUAUGUGAAGCAUACUAAAUUUAAUAAAUGUAAUAAAUAAAAUA